UUCAUUCUUUCACAGGAAGUGUCUUGUAUAUUGUUGAAGCACGAGCAGGAUAAGUAAUCACAAUUGGAACGGUUAGAAUAUAACUUCAUUACUGGCAGGUUUCAGUAACAUCAUUCACCAAUCACAAUGUCACCUUUUCCUGUAAUGACAUUGGUCAUUACCACACUAUUGGUCCUAUCAUCCAAAGUGUGUACUGCUUGUAAAUGCAUUCAGAUAGCUGAUGAAUCCAAGAUAUGCCUCUCUGACUUUGCUAUCUCUGGUUCCCUGCUAGAGACGAACUCGAUAAGUGGAAUGAAUUCAUCCCGCGACGACUUGAUCGACUACCGUGUCUCCGUCGGUACGGUACAUCGUAGUUCUCGAACUCUUCCUUCUGAGAUGACCAUCGUUACAGCAACGCAUACAUGUGGAUUCACUGACCUCCAGACCAAUAGAACUUACUUCAUUGCUGGACAAAUUCAGGAUGGGAAGUACAGAAUCAAUCGUUGUUCAUCAGUGGUGGCUAAAUACGGUCCAGACAACGUCCCCUAUCGUUACUCUGUGGUCAAGGUCAAUGUCAAUGUCACAUGUCCCAUAGAGGAGGAGGAGGAAGAGCAGGAGCAGGAGCAUGAUCAGGAAGAGGUGGAGGAGGAGGAGGAGGAGGAAGAGGAGGAGAGGAAUGAAGAGAAGGAAGAACGUGACGGUGACAACUCGGCUGUUCUUCCAACAUCUAAUUUUGGACUUCUUGCUUUUUUUGUUUUGUUUGCCGGGAUUUUGAUGAAAUUCUAGAAUUAUUAAGGUGGUGAUUGAAUCAGUCGUCCUCAUGAUAGGACUACAAAGAUUGUAAAUAAUUUAUUCAUUUUAAGGUGUUACGAUCCCAUGGGUGUUUCACAGGAUAUAUAUAGUCAGUCCGGUGAGGGGGGUAUAAUUAGAUAUAUAGGUCGUCUUGUCUACCCUGUCAAAAUAUCCAUAUCUGUAGGUUUUUUUUAAUCAGAAUAGUUUCAUCUCCUUGCCGAAUCAGAGAGUAAUUAAUGGAUACCCCACCCCGGGUCUCCCGAUAGAGGAGAGAUCUGUGCCCCUCUAUUACUUCCGAGUCAUCACAAUAUCGAACACGAUUGAUAUUUACCGUGCUACGUAGCACAUACAUUCUGGCUGUUAUGAUGUAUUUACCAAUGACUUGUACUGAAAUCUACUUUACCAUAUCCAGUGAGUGUUUAAUUCGAGUAAAUGCGAUCUUGUAAAGGCCUAUCUAUUGCAAAACAACGUAUUCCGAUGAAACAUGCAGGCGAUGAUUCAUUAAAAACAAGUUGAGAAGAUCAAGUAAUCUGAUAAAUGUUUAUCUCUCUUGCCCCCACCCGAAAUGUUUUGGGAUAUAAAGUAUAUAAUCAAGAAUGAAAGAAAUAAAUAGUUUCUUUUGUUUUAAGAUCAAAUGAAUAAAAAGGUAAGUCCGUAAGUGCAUGUUUAGAGAAAAAUAGGGAAAUUAAUAAUAUUUUGCCUUAAAAAAUGGAAAUUUGUAUCUUUUUCAGAAUGUUAUUAUUGUGUGAAACUUUACUUACUUUACUUAAUAUCCACAAUGCUGUAGGCAUGAUUGAAUGUCCAUCGAUUGUAUAUUUCCUCUGGUGGUAGUACACGAUUCAUGAAAUUGAUUAUAAGCGUAUUUGGUUAUUUUAAUCCUACAAACUUAAAGGGCAAGUCCACCCCAUAAAAUUUUUGCUUUGAA